CAGCCCGGUACACGUGGGGCAGAGCCAGCCAGGGAGGAGUGGAGAGGCCAGAGCUAUAGCUCUGUGCAGCCCACACGAGGAUGUCUCCCAGCCUUCAAGAAGGUGCUCGGCUUGGGAAAAGCAAACCCCUGCCCUGCUCCUUUUCAAUUGAGAGCAUCUUAGGACUGGACCAGAAGAAAGACUGUGUUCCAUCAAUGAAACCCCACAGGCCCUGGGCAGACACCUGCGGCUCUUCAGGGAAAGAGGUUAACCUAUGUCUACAUGUCCCGAGUCUUCCUAAUGGGAUCUCAUUACCUUGUACUGUGGAUCACUCAGUGCCGGAAGAAAGUGUUUUGAAAUAUGAAGAUUACUUUUCAGCCUCAGAAAGACUUUCUUUGAAAAGAGAGUUGAGUUGGUAUAGAGGCCGAAGACCCAGAACCGCUUUUACUCAAAACCAGAUUGAAGUGUUGGAAAAUGUCUUUAGAGUAAACUGCUAUCCUGGCAUUGAUAUCAGAGAAGACUUAGCUCAAAAAUUGAACCUAGAGGAAGACAGAAUCCAGAUCUGGUUCCAAAAUCGGCGUGCAAAGCUGAAAAGAUCCCAUAGAGAAUCACAGUUUCUCAUGGCCAAAAAAAAUUUCAACACAGAUCUCCUGGAAUAGAUAGAAAACUAAACAUGGGGAAUUAUCUUCCAAUUGUGGAAUAUAAAGAAUCAAUGGGGAUAUCAAGUGUUAAAAAUGUGAUGUUUUCUUUUCUGUGUUUAAUCUGAGUAUUGUCUGUUUUUUCUGAAAAUAUAUUGUAAAUAAUUACUAUUAUAACAUGGUACCUAUUAUACUUGGGCACUUUUAGUUACAAUAAAGGCCUUUCCUAUAUAUUUUAAUAAACAUUUUCAGAAAAAGCCAGCUAUUUUUUGUGAGCAAAUUUAAUCUAAUAAAUUAGUUUGCUAAAAUCAGUAAACUCAUGACUAAUUGACUCCACAAAUGGAUUCCAUUUACAAAAUAAUUCAAGUCAAAUAAUCUGAAGAAUGGCACAAAGGUGUGAUUUGUUUCAAUAAGUUUCCUUCAACUGCAUUUUGAAACAUUAUACUUAAACAUAUUAGUGUGAUGUAUUCGUGAAUCUUUUGUUCCUCUUGAUUUCUGGCAGAAAGCAGUGAGAAUUUCUCACUAUAUAUCAAUACAAAUCCGUAUAGCAUUCCAGUUUCAAGUUGUUUUUUUUUAAAGCAAAGUUAUUAUUGCCAAAGUAGAGAUGUAAAAUCAUGAGUUGUCUUAUUCAUGCCAUUAGUAUUGCAUUGCACAAAAGA